AAAAAAAGUUCUGCGUCAAAGACUCAAAGGUAGCUAAGCUUUAUCGUUUGUUGAGAAAAGCGACAAUUUAGCAAUCAGUUUUUAUUGAAAUAAAAAGAAGUUGUAAAACACAGUUAAACAUGCCUGAAAAAUGCAAUUACUGUGAUAAGACUUUUUUGCGGAAAAGCAAUUUGACUAAACAUACAAGAACACAUACUGGAGAGAAGCCUUAUGAAUGUGAUGUUUGUGAUAAAAGAUUUUCACAAGCAAACGAUUUAAGGAGACAUAAAAGAACACAUACUGGUGAGAAGCCUUAUGGAUGUGAUGUUUGUGAUAAAAGAUUUUCACGUGCAGGCAGCUUAAAACUACAUAAAAAAACACAUACUGGAGAGAAAUCUCAUGAAUGUGAUGUUUGUGAUAAAAGAUUUUCAAACGCAAGCGAUUUAAGGAGACAUAAAAGAACACAUACUGGAGAGAAACCUUAUGAAUGUGAUGUUUGUGAUAAAAGAUUUUCACUGCCAGGCAACUUAAGAAUACAUGAAAGAACACAUACUGGAGAGAAACCUUAUGAAUGUAAUGUUUGUGAUAAAAGAUUUUCACAGGCAAGCGAUUUAAGGAGACAUACAAGAAUGCACACUAGAGAGAAGCCUUAUGAAUGUGAUGUUUGUGAUAAAAGAUUUUCAAGUGCAGGCAACUUAAGAAAACAUACAAGAACACAUACUGGAGAGAAGCCUUAUGAAUGUAAUGUUUGUGAUAAAAGAUUUUCACGGGCAGGCGAUUUAAGGAGACAUAAAAGAACACAUACUAGCAAAAACUGUUCAUGUGCCAGUUCUUUAAGAAAUCAUAAAAAAUCCCAUGAAUGUGAUGGCCCAGCAAUACAUAAAAGAGCAGGGAAAAUGGCUAAUGUCCAUCUUAAGUUAAAUACAACAGAACCAGUUUGUAUUGGUUAUAUUUGUGGAGUGUGUGGUCAUGAGUUUGAUGUUCAAAGUGAACUUGAAGAUCAUAUAUAUACCACCCAUCAUAAUAUGAUGAUGGCUCACUAACUUGAUUAGAUAAACUGUAAUUAUUUUGUGGGAUAUCUUAAUAUUUUGUUCAUGUCAUUUCAAAUAUACAGAACUUGUUGUUAUUAUUUUAUAAGAAUUAGGUUUUUUUCAUCACUUGCAUGUUGAAUAU